AUGAUCGGCACAAAAUUAAGAGCAUGUCGUUCGACAGUUAAUGGUCUGAUGGCUUGGUGGGGUAUCGUCGGAAGAUUAUUAAGACGAAUGUUCUUUGGAGGUCAUAGCAUAAUGUCCUACAUCUACGGUCUGAUGGCUUGGAGUAUCAUCAGCAUGAUGUCCUACGUUUACGGUCUGAUGGCUUGGAGUAUCAUCGUCAGAAGAUGUGCUCAAAGAUUUUUUGAGCGCAUUUUGAAAGCCAGGUCGAGCCCUUUGGGCAGAAACAAAAUGUUUUUGAAACGCUCGCAACAUCCCAACAAAGUACAAGAUAAGAAAAACCGAAACAAAGAAUCAACGGAUUGGAAUAAAAAUAAAAGUAAAAAACGCUCGCAACAUCCCAUCAAAGUACAAGAUAAGAAAAAAACGAAACAAAGAAUCAACGGAUUGGAAUAA